GUCUGAAUAAUAAAACACAGCCAGUCAGUUUAGGACACACAGUCAGCCAAGACACUGGUCUGGUAACAAAUAAACACAAGACGUUAAUUUUCAGACAUAACCAGCAACAAACUGGUGUGGAUACAUAUAAGAAAGGGACAGCUUAUUGCAUGGCACCAUGAACGGUGUAGUGUUUUCGGUGACGUUGAUCAUCUGUGGAGGACUGUUAAACGUAAGACGUGUCAUUGCAGCCGAAGACACCCACCAAUGUGAACCGGUUGAAGUUCCGAUGUGUAAGGGUCUGGUUGGGUACAACAUGACGCGGAUGCCCAACCAAUACGGCCACCAGAACCAGAAUGAAGUCUACUGGGCCUUGCAGCCCUGGUGGCCAUACAUGGACAUUGGCUGUUCUCCCAACCUGAGGCUCCUCUUGUGUGGGAUGUACCUACCCAAGUGUACCCCAGGCUCGUCGGACGUGCAGAUCCCAUGCAAGGAGACAUGUCGAAGGGCCAAGAACGCGUGUGCAGUCGACCUCAGACGCCAAGGUCGCCCGUGGGUCAACUACGGUUUCCGAUGCCCCAACCUGCUCUCGGAGAGAUCCCGCCGUUGCAUACCUCCGGCCAAGGAGCGGAAGAAGAAGCGUCGCCUGCAGUACGUGAUCUGCCAGAAGAACACCCUGUCGAUAUGUGCCAACAACAAGGCUCCGUACACAUUCGGCUCGGUGCCCAACAUGUUCCUGCAGUCGUCGGUGCGGGAGAUGGAGAAGGAGCUGCGGCAGUACAAGCCGCUCAUCGCGUCUGGCUGCUCCGACCACCUCAGCUUCUUCCUGUGCGGCACAUACAUGCCGUACUGCACGCGUCAGACCAGGCAGGAGGUUCCCUUCGUGGUGCCGUGCCGCGAGCUCUGUCAGGAGGUGUACCGCGCCUGCAUCAGCACCUACACGCAGCAGCGCAACGGCAUGCCCUGGCCCGGCAAGUUCCACUGCCACCGGUUCCCGUCCUACGUAGAGUCACACUCCAACAGUAACAACUCCAUCCCGUGUACCAUGCAGCCAUAUGCGAUCCCUGUACAGGGGCACACAGAGGGAUAAGUAUAUCAAGACGCAUUAAAAAGAAAUAGAGGGAUAAACUUGUACAUCAAGACAGAUUAAAUAAAAAGGAAUACAAAAAGCUAUAGCAAAGACGGAGAUACUCCUCAUUUGAAGAAAACAAGACCAAUGUUUGUGUGCAGUGCAGUUUUGUGAAUAUCGGUUUUGUUACAGAAUAAAUGCACUAUUUGUGUUUACAUUUUAGUGAGAGAGAGAAGCAAGAUCUGUAAGUCUUUUCACAGUAUACUUUACAAAAUGUAUUGUUUUGGUUAUAUAAUCAAUGAAAUGUUUAUGCUAUUGUUAGACCAGGAAUGUACACAGUUUUCUCGACAACAAAACUCCAACAAUGCUAAGUAGACCAAACUGUUUUACUUUGAAAUUUACCAGGAAUGUACUGAGUUCUCUCAACGACAAAUCUCCAACAAUAGACCAACUGUUUUUCUCGGAAAUUUGUUGGAGAGCACUGAUCAUGUUAUAUUAAAAUAUUAUUUUUGGAAAAAUACAGCAAUUAAAAUUA